GGUGAACAUAAGUGGUUGUAGCCAGACGGGAAACUGAAGUGAUCUUGAUGAGAAAGAGUGAACUUGUCGCUGUCAUUAAAAGUGAAAACAACAUCGAGAAAAGACAGAAAACUAUCGCGGGAAAAGCAGCUGAGACAUAGUUCUUGUGAACACAGCCCGGGAACCGCGUGUCAGGCUUAAUACUUGGUUAAAGUCCCUCCCCACAGUACUGUUUAACUGAUGAGGUGAUAAGACACAGCUCAGUUGAUGUCAGCGAACAGGCUGUCUAACAUCUGGUCCCAGCUGCGCAGGACUUGCAGUCAGCUUGCUGGAGAAGUUUCCAGCAAUGGUUCGACGUGUGGCAGUGGUCGGAGCAGGCAGUUCAGGUCUGGCCUGUAUCAAGACCUGUGUUGAAGAGGGUCUGGAGCCGGUCUGCUUUGAAAGCAGUGAUGACAUUGGCGGCCUGUGGAGAUUCAAGGAGUCACCUGAGCCAGAGCGGUCCAACAUCUAUCGCUCGUUGGUAGUCAACACGUCAAAAGAGAUGAUGUGUUUCAGUGACUUUCCCAUGCCAGCUGACUAUCCAAACUACAUGCACAACUCUCAGCUCCUGCAGUACCUCAAGCUUUAUGCUGAGCACUUUCAUUUGCUCAGAUACAUUCACUUUCAGACCACAGUGAGGAGUGUUACACAAAGACCAGAUUUCUCUCUGUCGGGUCAGUGGGAUGUAGUGACCAUAAACAAGGAUGGAGAGGAAGAGAGUCACGUUUUUGAUGCCGUUAUGGUGUGUUCAGGUCACUACACCCAUCCGGCCUUACCCCUGUCAGACUUUGCAGGAUAUGAGACGUUUUCUGGCAGGUGUUUUCACAGCUGGGAAUACAAAGAUGCAGAUGCCUGCAAAGGAAAGAGGGUGGUGGUGGUUGGCAUUGGCAAUUCUGGAGGAGAUAUUGCUGUGGAGAUUAGUAGAUCUGCAGAGAAGACAUUUCUCAGCACACGAGAGGGGGCCUGGGUGAUCGGCAGGAUGUCCACCAAUGGUCUUCCUCUGGACAUGACAGCUAUCACCAGGCUCAGCAACAUCCUGAUGCUGGUUCUCCCCAAGACUCUGGUUAACUGGGCAGCAGAGAGAGCACUGAACCACAGAUAUGACCACAGACUGUACGGCCUGAAGCCCAGACACAGACUUUUAGACCGAAGGCCUUUGAUUAAUGAUGAUCUUCCCGGCCGAAUCCUUCAGGGGGCGCUGGUCAUGAAGCCCAACCUGAAAGGGUUUACAGAUUCAGGAGUUAUAUUUGAAGAUGGCACAGUGGAGGAGGACAUUGAUGCUGUGGUCUUCUGUACAGGUUAUAGUGCAAACUUCUCAUUCCUGCCUACAGCUCUGUCUGAGGGGCCUCAUGGAGAUUUGACAUUGUACAAGAGACUCUUUCCUCCGUCUCUACAACGUCCCACGCUGGUCAUCAUGGGACUUUUCCAAACAAAAGGACCAAUCAUGCCCAUAGUAGAAAUGCAGGCACGGUGGGCUGUUAAGGUCUUUUCAGGUUUGAGUCAUCUUCCAUCUAAGGAGAAAAUGCUGGAAGUCACUGAGUCUGAGAGAAAGAGAAACAUGAAGAGCUAUCCCUGCCCACGACAGGCUGCUUGCCAGGUAGAUUACAUCCCAUACCUGGAUUUCAUGGCUGAGGAGGUAGGUGCUCGACCAAACUUCCUGAUUCUACUUCUGAGAGAUCCUGUACUCUGGGUGAAGGUCUUCUUUGGUCCCUGCACUCCAUAUCAGUAUCGUCUAACCGGACCUGGACAGUGGGCUGGAGCCCGACACGCUAUCCUGACUCAGUGGAAGCGAGUUGCUCUGCCUUUCAAAACCAGAGCAGUACCAGAACCAGAGACAAGGUCAUCUGUCCUUUUUUCACCCUGGCUGCUCACAUUUGGAGGAAGUGUGAUAUUGGCUUUGCUUCUGUCUAGAAAUAAGCUCAUUCCAGUGCUGCAGGGUGCAGCUCAGACACUGGACAGGAGCAUGGUUUUUCUGAGGGACACCUGGUUCACUGGUUAACCACAAGAACAUGAAGUAAAAUGUAUGAAUAAAUACAUACAGGUAUAAAAAAUAUUUGAACUGCCAUAAAACAGAGAUAGUGCACAAAGUCUGGGAAACUUAGUCCUUUACUGUAUUUUGGUUCUUUCUUUUUGUGUUGGUGUGCUGACAGAAAGACAGUCUUCCAGUUUUUGAUGUGGUGUGCAAAUGCUAUAUAUGUAAUAACACAAGAUUAUAAAAUUGUAAAAUUAUUGUGACAGGUGUGUCCGUUGCAAAGGUCAGAUUAAAUUGCACAGUAUUACAGGUUUUUUUUUUUAAUUGUUCAUGGCACCAUAUCAGCCCGCCUGUUGGAGCUCAUUUGAAAUCCUCAUGGAAAAUAUUUUGUUUGUCUGUGUGUCUGUUCCACCGACACAUGCUGGGUAUUUCAUUCUUUUCAGCACAGGUUAUGGUCCCAGAAAAAAAAAGUCAUUAAAAGAAUAAUUGAUAAUUAAUUCAAAAUUAAAGAUAAUUGUGGACUGUGGAAAUGUUGGGCAGACAGAAUUUGCUUCA